AUGGCCAGCGGCCAUAUUCCUCCUGGUCUCGACAGCGAUUUUGGUGGGCCAAACAGAGUUUCAGGCCCAGGUCACUUUAUGCAUAUGGGCAGGAUGACACCACCUUCUGAAUUUGGGCAUUUCCCUAUGCAUCCCGUACCAGGAGGACCCUUCCAAGCGCCAUUUCAGCAACAGCAGUUUCACCAGCGCCAGCAAAUGUUUCUGCAUCAGCAGAUGCUUCAUCAGCAACCGCAACAGCAUAUGCAACAAGUCCACUCGUUUCAACCCAUCCCACAACAUCCUCUACAUCAUCAUCAAGGGUAUACCCAGUCGCCAUUGCCAGCUUCCUCGCAGGAUGUAAGCCAUAGCCACGUUCCGGUUCCUACGGACCAACGACUACAUGCUUCAAGUGUAGAACAGCAGGAUCAAAUCAAAGAUAUUGAAUCCCAAAUCAACAAGCUCUUGUUCAAAAACGACAAUACUGCCAAUGGCAGCUCCCAGCUCGACCUUGAGGCCGUCAGCCAAAAGCAUCUACGACCCCUCUCUGGAGUGACUGUACAGGAGAUUGAGGAAGCGCAAUUUAAGGAUAUGCAGAAUCAAUUACGUCGCAUUUCUCUCAACAAUCCUCCUGAGACGCAAUCGCGAAUGCAGACGCAGCUACAACCAGAGUCAAUCCCAUCAUUUCCUCCUGUUAUUGCUGUGGAUCAAAUCCAAGCCAAUAAAGGCGAGCACGAAACAAGUGUAGGCAGCGAGUCCUCUUCCUCCUUUUCUUCUCUAGCAGGAGUGGCCCCAGUUGGUCACCGUCGCUCAAAUUUUUUGGAAACUCGGUUCAAGAACCCAUCAAUGAGCGGCCCAGAAUCAAGCUUUGAGCCUUCAGUUGAGAAAGUUCCGUUUUCUGUCAAAGAUAUUGAUUUUUACUCUGACAGAAAAUACGACCCCUAUCGCCCUUCUGCCCAUGCUUUUGAUGUAAUUACACGGGACGCUAAAAGUUUGUGUCAUAAUCUCAUGCCCAAGCCUGAAGAAGAGACUCGAAAGCUUGCACUGCUCAAAAGGCUAUCUGAAAUCGCUAAUGAGGUGUUUGAUGAGGCGGAGGUAUUGCCAUUCGGAUCUUCUGGGAAUGGGCUAGCGCUUGCGAAUGCAGAUAUGGAUGUCUGUGUGUUUUUGAAUGCAAAAGAAGGAGAGGAAGAGGUCUCUCCAGUAGAAUUUGUGGAGCGGAUAGGAGACCGGUUAGAGAAGGACAGCGAAUUUGAAAACAUUCUGCAGCUGAAGCGAGCUCGUGUUCCUAUCGUGAAAUUAAACCAUAUUAAUGGAAUUGCAUGCGACAUUGGAUAUCAGAAUGAUCUAGCAAUCUGGAAUACACGACUAUUAAGAGCUUACUGUAGAAUUGACCCACGUCUUCGAGAUAUUGUUGUCGUCGUCAAGACCUGGGCGAAACGCAGGAAGAUCAACAACCCUUAUACAGGAUCGUUAUCCAGGUAUGUUUCUGAUUAA